AUGGAAACCGAUCACAAGCUCCUUUAUUCGGCGGAAUUUCCAUUAGCUUUCCUCAGGCUACUAGUUUCAAGCCUUUUGAGCGGAUACAUAAAACACAAAUUAUGGUCGUUAGAAAACGAGCCUCUUGAUCGUGCUCCAAGUGGCAGCCGGUCAUCUUCUGUUAAUAUCGUAUAUCGAACCUCGGACAAAGGUUCGAAAAUCCUAGCUUGCAGCCAGGGAAAGCUCACUCUUAUGCCUUCAGUGAAAAACAUCGGCAAUAAGGCAUUUUCGUUCACUUUCGCAACUCGUAACAGCUUAUCGAUUUCUGAUAUUAGCGAAGUGCGAGUCGAAGGGCUCGAAACGCUCGAUUACUUGGACCACAUGAUGCACGGGAAGAGGUUUACCGAGCAAGCCGAUGCUCUUACUUUCGAUGGCAAGGUUUUGGAGGCUAUGAAAAAGCACAAGACAAGCAAGAUAGACCGGGAGGAAGAGACUGAAUAG